UUAAAAACGAAUUCCAUAUGGAUUACCCCAAUCUUGCAACAAAUUUGUACCGUCAAAUUUGCAUUGCAAUCGCCAUUAGCGUAUCGCAAUUAAUAUUUCUCCGUUACAAUUGUCGCACUUGCCAUUGCAAUCAUACUUUGCAUAUCUCUAUGAUGCAAUUAAUAUUUUGUCACUGCGAUUAUCGCGAUACCUUAAAUUACGUUGGCAAUAAAUCGCGAAACGUCGACCUUGAGUCACGGAUCCCAGUGGCUCGUUACGCUCGUUCGCGCGACCUGGAGAAACAAUUCCUCUACAGAUGUUCCGGACAACGCGCGUUAGUCUGGUUUUAAUAAUAGAUCGCGCGUAUGUGGUACAUACGAGAGUUUCAGAUCGUCAUUCCAACGUGCCAACGAGUAAAACGCAACGAGCGUCUGUUCUGGAACGAGACCGCUGCAACAACGACUCAUCACAGACGAACACGUGAUAGCUCGCACGGAGAUAGGAAACGCGGAUUUACACGAACAUCGUUCCGUGGAAACUGAGAUGUGUGAAUCUUGGUAACUGGUCGGUACUGGUAAUCCUGAUGGCGCCAUGAUUCUCAAAUAGCACCGGUGAGUCAACGUUCAGAAACGAGAAUUGUCAUCAGAAUGGUACCGUGCUGUUUACACGGCAGGUGUGUCAAAAGAAUUUACAGAUCGUUGCCAAGGAUGAUUUAAGUAACUGAGAUGAUUUUCGAAUUCGUCGAGUGUCGUUGGCAUCGCGGUACAUCUGUUUUGUCGGAAGUCGAUGAUCCUUUGUCUAACAAAUGCUAAUUUUUCCUCCCUGUGGCUUCUAUUCUUAUCGCUGGCUACUUAAGUGUCUUCUGUAUUUCUCUGAGUAUUUUUCCACAAAGUACAAUGUCAUUACAAAGUACGGAUGACGUCCAAAAGAUUUAUAAAAAUUAUUUGCAAGAAUUACACGAGGAAUUUAAUAAGUAGAAAUAGAAUUGAGUUUAUUUCAUUUUCUGUAAGUGGCCUAAUAGUUAUGAACGGGAGCGUAUAUCGUAUUGUUGGCUGGUAGUGGUUGGAGGAAACCAAAAGAAUCUGCAAAGAAGUCCUUGAAUUUUUUACUCAAUGUAUCCUCGAUCCUAUUUUUAACGUUAUGUAAAGCGACGUUUAUGAGGGUUUACAUAUGGUAGUUUAAUCUGUAAUGCACUUGAGAAUAGCAGAACGAUGCAAUAUUUCAUAUCGUGUUAUCAAAAAUGUGUCUUCUUCGAUAUUUUGAGAACGAGAAAGUUAGAUAUACCGAAGUAUAUAUAAAAUAGCGAAGAAGGAGCAGUGUUACAGACGAGUAUAUUAUUUUCACCAUGAUUUUCAAGCUAAUUUCGUUUCUCGUAUUCUUAGGCCUCAUUUUAUGUUCUUCAACUUCUAAACAUACCACUGGAAGCAAUUCUCCAAUUCCAAAUGAUACUCGAUCAGAUCCAAAUACCUUUGUGUUAGUUAAUCCAAAUCAAGUGCAUCGUUUGGAAAGGACGAUACGAAAUUUCUUUUCGAAAAUAGCAGAGCCUAUAGACAAACCGAUUGUGUUAAGAUCUACAUCGUCUAAUUCAUAUGGUCUGCUAUCAACUAUUCGAGAAGUAUGUGAAAGUAUAAGGAAAAAGCUCAUGCAAUUCGCUAAUGAUUGUGGACUAAUUAAUACCGUUCAACGAUACGAAAAACGUUCGAGUCAGGAUCCAUUGUCCGAUGAUUGGUUCUCUGAGUUGCUGCUGCAAAGUAUAUACGUGAUACGAGACUUAGGAAACAUGAUUAAUGAAAUUAGAUCAUCGACUGGUUUGUAUCUUGGAGAAGGAAAUACGACUUUCCGAGAAAGUAAGUUCCAGCAACUGAAUAGACACGCUAACGGCUUCAAAUUCCUCGGCGUAGUGAACGAUGCAGCAGAAUUUAGCGACAGAUUAUCGCAAUGUCUGCUGCAAAUAACGAACAAUAGGAAGCGUAGAUCUUCUUUCAGUCUAAAUCGAGCAAUCCUCGACCUGAUGAAACAUACACCGGAAACCACCCUUAAAACUUUGGAAACUAGUUUAAGGAACAUCUCACAAACGAAUGUUCUAAAGAAUCAUCCAGGACGAAAGUCCUGGCACAUUUUCUUUUGUCUUUCAACGGCGAGAAACAGGGGAAUCGAUUACGACGAGUGCAUUCGCGAAUUGCAACGCUUCGAUGAAUGUCUAAGCAGCUCGAAACAAUCAUCGAAUAUGAAAAUGCAUAAUUUUGACGCGAAAUCGUGGACAAGGGCGAUUCGAAGAUUGAGUCAUUGCAAAACUAUGGAAGAUAAAUAUGGAGAAACGGAGGUCUCUUGUAAACCCGAUCGAAGAAUGCCACGAAAAAUUAAAAAGAAAACGAAGUACGUGUUUGAAAGAAUAUUGGACAGAAAGAUACCCAGAGGAUCUUCUUUCCAUCGUGCUGUUAGUGAUCUUAGCGAUACAUUUUCGGAAAGCGAGUGGGGACAAAGAUUUAUCGAUGAGUUGUGCCAAUACUUUGGUAUUUACGAGGAUGGCAAAAAGAAACUAAGUAGAUUUUCAAAAUCCGCGAGUAAGAACAAAAAGGCAGCGGUGAAGCGCAGUGAAAUCUCGGAAGCUCUGAAAUCAUACAAAAAGGGAGCGAUGGUAAGAACGUUCGGAGCGAUAAAUAAAAUGCACCGGUCUGCGGUCGAUUUUGAAAAAUUCUUCGCGGAGGGAAUGAGAGAUACCUUUAAGGAAGCUUGGCAGAGCCACGUGAAGGUUUUAUCUAGUCUGAUGGACUGGAUGACCAAGCUACUGGAACUCCACAGCGGCGGAAGCUCCAGUGGGAAGGAACCGCACUCGUCAGACACGAGCUCGUCAGACACGAGCACAUCGCAAGUCGAGUGGAAUAGCGACGAAGAUUUGGAUUCUGAAAAUAUCCGGGAGCGUGUUGUAGCUCGUCCUAAAUUAGAGAUAAUAAAAGAUGUGGACAGCUCUAUGAAUAGUCUAAUGAAAUCAAUGAAUCACCUAACCAAACAUCGAAACGCGACCAAUAAAGAUAUGCUGACUUCUCUUGCUAAUAAUCUUCUUUUAGUCAUGAUAUUCAUGGAAACUAUGGGCUUCGUUUCUUCCUUAUACUGUUUUGGACCAAUUGCGAGUGAGGAAACUUCUUUAGAAUUUGACGACGAAUGGAACCGUCAACAUGGAUCGUUGCAUUUUUCUGAAUACGAUAAAAUUAUCGAUUUAAUCUCACGUGAAUAUCCUCUUUUUAAUUAUUAAUUCUGAGAAUAAUUAAUUCUGAAUAAACCACAAAAGUUCUAUGUAAUCUUCAAAAUAGUUGUAAAUAAAUAUAAUAAAUAAAUUUAUCCAAUGU